CAGAAAGGUACGGCGCCCUGUAACCUAAACUAGGAGGCGUUGAUACGAACAGUCGCGGCUGAAAAAAUAGGGAUAUUGCGAAGAAUUGCAACAAACUUUCUCUUCUGAAUGAUACAUUUCAUCCCGAUUCCUUCCCUCUUACAUGACAAAGCACUGGCUACUUUGAGCAUGGAAAACCUCUCCUCAGACUGGGACUGUGAGCUGUAAGUUCAACACUGAGAAGAUCUGUGAUUGGCUGGGAGAUGGAAGAUAUACUGGAGCUGCGGACAGAUGGAAACUCACUCCUGAAGGCGGUAUGGCUCAGACGCUUGAGACUCACCAGACUUCUGUUGGAAGGAGGUGCAUAUAUCAAUGAGAGCAAUGAACGUGGAGAGACUCCACUCAUGGUGGCCUGCAUGUCCACACACACUGACCAGCAGAGUGUGAGCAAGUCAAAGCUGGUGAAAUAUUUGCUGGACAACCAGGCAGACCCCAACAUACAGGACAAAGCCGGCCGGACAGCUCUAAUGCACGCCUGCAUCCACAAGGCUGGGCACGAGGUGGUGGAUCACCUGCUGAGCAAUGGAGCUGAUCCCAGUCUAGAGGACAGGAGCGGGGCCUCAACCCUGGUCUACGCCAUCAACGCAGAUGAUAAGAUAACACUAAAACUGCUCUUGGAUGCAUGCAAAGCUAAAGGCAAGGAUGUCAUUAUAAUCACCACAGACAAGUCGCCGUCUGGGACUAAAACUACCAAACAGUACUUAAAUGUGCCCCCAUCACCAGAGCUGGAUGAGAGUUCCUCCCCAUCAUACUGCACCUCUCCAUCUGAUAUUAAUGUCACUGCAUCUCCCACACUUGAGCACGAGCAACAAAACAUAGUCUUCAGUUUCCAGACCAAGCUGAAAACCUCUAGUUCAGCUGCAAAGCUCGUCAACGGGCCCACGUCUCCAAUACGCCGGCUUGCGAACCCCAAACGUGCACGUUUGCCUCAGCUGAAGAGGCUGCAGUCAGAGCCUUGGGGGUUAAUCGCUCCCUCAGUCCUUGCUGCAGCUGCGGCCCAAGAGGAGAGUAAGAAAGCCAGCUCUGAUGAGGAUGUUGUUGCAGGGGUAAACGGACUCUCUCUGAGUAAGAGGUCAGCUUUAUCUCGACAAAGCAGUGUGGAUGGGAAGGACAGCUUAUUCCCUCUGGUGGGUGAACAACCAUGCAAAAUGACAACCUCGCUAUCAGUUCCUCUAACGUCCAAAGCAUCAUAUGAAAGAUCUCUUAGCCAGCAACAGCCGUUGGCACGGCGCAGUACUGUGCCCACAGAGCAGGACAGCAGCUGCAAUAGUGGACUCGUCAGUCUGAGAGACACAAUGCAUAGGAGACGUCUGGGGAACGAUCACUAUGACUCAGACUCACAGCUCUACUCAGACUCUGGCAUGUUAGAUUCUCCUAAGGUCCCAAUGGAGCGAAGGAAACUAAACACUUCUCCACUAGCGAUGUUGACCAGCUCCAGAGAAUCUCUAGACAUCAACGCCAGCCCGUCCUCUCCCAGCACAGCACACAGGCGUGCACCUGGCCUCCUAGAGAGGAGAGGCUCGGGCACACUGCUGCUGGACCACAUCUCCCACACCAGGCCCGGCCACCUGCCCCCUCUCAACAUCAACCCCAACCCUCCCAUUCCUGACAUCGGGGCUAGUAGCAAGCCCUCCUCACCUCUGGCCACGGGUAUUAGAUCUAUAGCUCCAGUAGCACCAAACACACCAAAGAGAGGCUGCCUCAAGUCCAAGAAGAAACUUGUGAGAAGGCACUCUAUGCAAGUGGAGCAGAUGAAACAGCUUUCUGAUUUUGAAGAGCUGGCUCACUAGUUAGUAAUGGUGUUUAUGCAGCACAUAUUGUGGGUGUAGAAAAUGCUAACACCAUAACUUCAGGAAGUACAUCCAUAGGUUCAACU